AUGGAUGUUUGUCUAGACAUUGCUUUCGAAAUAUUUUCUUGGCUACCGGCUAAGAAUAUUUGCAAGCUCAAAUCAACUUGUCACUCGUUCUCUAAUUUUCCAAAAGAAACUGUUUUCAAAACAAAGCAAUCUCAGAAUUUGAUGGAAAGGGAAGACACAUGCUUUUUCAUUCAGCCUGAAAAAAUAAGUCAAAGCUACUAUAAAUUGGUAGAGUUACAAGCUCUACCAAAAUACCGACAAUCUUCAGGUGUUCCUAAUAAUGUUUUGAGUUUCUUAUCGAAUUCAAUAUGUGUUUUAGAUUCUAGUAAUGGUUUAGUUCUUUGUCGCACUAUUAUUGAUGAAGAAAUUGAAUUUUUUAUAUGUAAUCCAAUCACAAAGUCCAAGUUUUGUAUUCCGAUCAUUGAGUCCCUUCAAAGAAGCUACAAUCUUUCUAAUAUAAAUAUUAUGUUAGAUUGCUCUUCAGAUGAUUAUAAAGUGUUCCUAUUUGAAAAUAUAACAGAAUGGAUGCAAAAUUCUUAUGCAUGCAAUGUUUAUCAUGGGAAAGAGGGUGCAUGGAAGACUAUGAAUGAAGAUUUUUUACCGGGUGGAAGGAGCUUGAAUUUUGACAUGCAUGUAUUGUAUAAUAGAGCUCUUCAUUUUAUCUCCGAUUGCGGUCGUUAUUUUGAAAAAUCGAGUCCUUAUUAUAAGCCAUAUAUCAUGUCUUAUAAUUUAGAUAAUGGAAGUUCAAGUAUGCUUAAGUUGCCCAGACAAGCUAUAAAGGAUAGUCAUGUGAUGUGUAACAUGGGCAUAUUCAAAUGGGGUAAAGGGACAAGUUCGAGUAGCUCCAUUUGUUUGGUGAAAUUACAAAAUUCAGUUUUUAGCAUUUGGUAUCUAAAAGAUUAUAAGGCUGGUUUAUGGCAAAAGGUUUUGAAAACAAGAGUGAGAGCUUUGGGAUUGAAUGAGAAAGAUCCAAAUGUAAGAGGGUUUACAAUCAUGAACGGUAAUCUCUUGAUAUUUGCUACAGAAAAAAUGAUUUAUAGUUGUGAUUUGGAGGAUGAGAGAUUUAUGAAAGUUGAAGAAAUAUGCCAACACAAUUGUGGAUUCUAUCCUCGGUUUAUCUCAUACUCGGAUACUUUUCGUUCUUGUGGAACCAAUGUUGAAAUUAUGCCUUGUUAA